CCAACAGCAACAACGUCGAUUCAGAGGCAUAAAUAACAGCAAAAAAGUAAAAUCUCAACUCCAUACUGCGUUGAACUGAAGAAUAUUUGAACUCCGUUAACUUCGACUCUGUUUUUCCAGCCAUGUCACUUCGCACGCUCAUUGUAAUAAUGAGCACAGUUUUUCUAACGGAUGGAGCAAGGAUCCUUGGGAUAUUCCCAUACCAGGGAAGAAGUCACAACAUAAUGUUUGAGCCCCUGAUGAUCGGACUGGCGAGAGCCGGCCAUACUGUCGACCUGGUCAAUCAUUUCCCGUUGAAAAAUCCGGUGCCAGGAUUGAACCACAUAAGUUUGAAAGGAACGCUGCACUCCUACGUGAACAACGUAACAGCAUCUUUCGCUCUAGAGUGCAACGGAGUCUAUGGAAUGACACAUUUCAUCUCGGCGAGGGAACCUCCAGACCUUUGCAAUCUCAUGCGACUACCUCAGCUGCAGAAUAUCAUAAACACAGACAAGAAGUAUGACGUUAUGGUGACCGAGGUCUUCGGGACUAACUGCUACCUUGCUGUGGCUCACAAGCUGAAGAUUCCAGUCGUGGGAGUCGUAACCAGCGUUAUGUAUCCAUGGAGUUACGGUCCUUUUUUUGGAGACGCUAAUCCGAGCUUCAUCCCAUCUCAGUUGGCGACUUUCACGAACGAGAUGAGCUUCCUCGAACGCGUGGAGAACACUAUAACACAUUAUUACUCAAAUUUCCUAUUCCAUUACUACGACAGAACGGUGUCCGAUCCAUUGGCAAGACAGUAUUUUGAUAAUUUACCACCGUUAAACGACUUGUACAACAACGUGAGCUUGGUGUUGGUCAACAGUCAUCUCAGCAUUCACGGUGUUCGUCCAGGAAAUCCUGCGAUCGUUGAAGUAGCUGGUCUGCAUAUCGACGAAACCCAAGUGCUUUCAGAGGAAUUGGAGAAGUAUUUAAAUUCUUCGAAGGAUGGGGUUGUCUACUUCAGUAUGGGAACGAUGGUCAGAUCUGACACUUUUCCACGGGAAAAGAUACUAGCUAUCUACGAGAGUUUUUCAGCACUUUCCAAUUACAAUAUCCUCUGGAAGGGUAAUGCCGAAGAUUUGCCAAAACCAUUUCCAUCAAACGUUAAGGUCGUUCCAUGGGCACCGCAGUACGCAGUUCUCAGUCAUCCAAAGGUCAAAGCGUUCGUGACCCAUGGAGGUUUAAUGGGAACCCUGGAAGCCGUACACGCCGGAGUUCCCAUGAUUGGAAUUCCGUUUUUUGCAGACCAGACAUUUAACGUGUUAGGAUACGCGCAUAGAGGAUUCGCCGUUCACAUCGACUACGAGAACAUCAACCAGCUGACUUUUUCCAAAGCUCUGAAUGAGAUACUUACAAACCCAAAGUACCAAUCGAAUGCUGCACGUUACUCAAGACUUUUCAGGGAUCGUCCUUUGCGGCCGUUGGAUGAGGCAAUUUUCUGGAUCGAAUACGUAAUUCGAAAUGGAGGCGAGCCCCUCAGGUCUUCGGCUCUUCAUCUAUACUGGUUUCAGUAUUACUUGAUAGACGUUAUUCUGUUCUUACUAACCAUACCAACGCUGCUUCUAGUCAGUUUGUUCUACGCUUUGAAAAAAGUUCUGCGUACUGACACAAACGCCAAAACUCGGACCGUUCCAAAAAAGAAAAAAACUUCAUAGUACUCGAAAAUUGUAAUUUGUGCUCAUUAUUUAUCUGUCAAGAUUUUUGUACUGAUCAUUUCUGUAAGAUACUCAUUAAAAAUAUUAUUUACAAAACUGUUUACAAGUGUCUGAUACUCACCUACAAAAAUGAUUUCAACUCACUUUUAUUAAUUUUGGCCCGCUAAUGAGAAGAU